AACUUCUCCUUCUAGUUUGUGUCCUUCGUUAGGAGUCCACUUACUGACACUGGUACAGGACGGUCUUCGUUUCCCAUCUGUUUGGCCCAGCCGGACGGCUAGCGCUGCGUGAGAUCCAACCAAAGUGAUCUGUCAACUGCCAGUUUAUCAAUUCUGCGACGAGUUUCCGUUCGGUGCGAGCACUCUUUGCCCGCCAUGUUAGCCAACCCACAUAGUGCCGUCCAAGGGCGACACCGACAACAUCGCCGGCAAAUCUCAACCCCAACCGCUCUCGACGCUGCAAAACCUCCGAGUCUUGCCCCACAAGCUUUGCGCAGAUAUCACGCCCAUCGCCGCGGCCAAAGUCUGGACCAGCGGGCCGUGCAAGCUCAAAGACCACAGCCUGUGCAAGAUGGUUCUCAUCACAUCACUAACCAAACAGUACUUCAACAUCAGCCACAUAUGUCGUUCGCUUCGAAUUCAGCCCCGAUUUCUGUAACCACUGACUGCCACGCUUUCAUCCAAGAAGACUUGCAGGCUCUGAGCAACAGCAAUUGUCAUGGAAACCAGCAACAUAUAUCCUACAUGAACCCAGCCUUUGUGAAAACCGAAGACCAGAGUCUUGAUAGCCAGCCUGUCAACGUCAACAUCAACCUGAACCUGAUUCAACAGCAGCAGCAGCAGCUACACAAUGCUAGCCUGGAGUGCAACAACACACUCGUCGGAGGCCAGCUUCUCGACAAUGGUGCCUGGGAUAUCUAUAAACACGACAACAUUGCUGCGACGAUGCAACACAGAGCCAAUGCAACAAGUCCCACAAAUAUGAGGCGACAAUCAACCCAGUCGGACGCAAGCAAUUCGUACCGUCCACAUACUCCCAAGAAAAAUACCACACAAUAUCUUCCCAUUACCCCUGCAACAACACCAUUCAGUAAACCAGUAGAUAUUGCUCAAUACGGUGGAGACAUGCAAGUAACUCCGGUAAAUAGCCAGAAUAUCGCCACAGCUGGCUCGUCCCAGUCUUCAUACAUGCAGCGCGCCAAAUCCCUUCAAGGAGUGGCUGGGACGACGUUUUCCCAGCCAAAGAUUGAGAUGCCCUCCCCCCCUAAUACAGCGUCAUUUUCCAUUGAUAGUUUUGAUUCGUUUGACUACCAGCAGGGUUCCAGUUUCGAGAUAUCUAAGUCGGAAGAUAUAUCACAAGGCCAUUAUCCCCCAUCUUCAGGGUCUUCGUCUUUCACAUCCUCCCCCGAACUCGCAGCCAUGCCAAGUGCCGAAGAUCAUUGUCACACGAAGCACAAGCUCCCAAUCUACCCUGCAACGCCUAGCCGUAUGAAUUCCAGGAAGACGGUAGUAGGCACACCGUCAAGUGCGUCCGUGGUAAAGCCCAAGCUCUCUCCCCGAGUCGCUUCGAUCGAUAAUCUCAACCUUGAUGCUCGGGUACAUGCCUCGAUUAAAGAAACCGGCGUUACCAUUGAUGAGAUUGCCUCUUAUAUCCACGGACCUGAUCCGGCAGACGGGAAAUGGGUUUGUCUGCAUCCUGGCUGCGAGAGGCGGUUUGGCCGCAAGGAAAACAUCAAGUCCCAUGUGCAGACUCACCUAGGUGACCGUCAAUACAAGUGCGAUCAUUGCAACAAGUGCUUUGUUCGUGGACAUGACCUGAAGCGCCACGCCAAAAUUCACACAGGAGACAAGCCAUACGAAUGCUUAUGUGGCAAUGUGUUUGCAAGGCACGAUGCCUUGACCCGACAUCGACAAAGGGGAAUGUGCGUUGGCGGCUACAAGGGAAUUGUGCGAAAGACGACAAAGCGAGGGCGACCCAAGAAACACCGCCCGGAGAUGGAAGAGAGACACGACAAGGCAUCUCGAACUCGUCAAAAGAUCGCUGAAAAACCGUCAUAUGAUUCCUCCGCGUCGGACACUUCACGAAACACGCCCCCAUCAGAGAUCUUCGAAAAUAUGAGUUUGCACGGUUCUAGCUGCGCGGGCGAAAUGGUGGCCUUUAGCAAUCCUAAUUACUCGCUCCCCCCCGAAGUCUUCACUUUCACUCCUCCCGAGUCGCCCAGAUACGGCAUGGGAAGCAAGUCAUCGGCCACCGGAAGCCCGCGAUCAGUCACCCCCAUCUCCGAAGACGAAAUGCUGCCGCUCUCACCGUCCAAACAACCGCUUGAAAGCAUUAUUGAAGAGACAGGCCUGCCGCUUAUUUCCACUGCUUGUUCAUUUUCGACGGUUUCAGGUUCAAGCGCCCAUGCUCUGUCGUCUCCACACACAGCACCAACCCUAAGCGAUGCUUCCCACCCGUCUGACCUUGACAUCUUCAUGAACCAAGACGCUACCACCAGCUAUGGAAAGCACGACUUCGCGGACUUGACUGAUCCUGAUAUGGCAACGUUUCCUGAUUAUGUGAACACCUCGUCGUUUGAUAGUAGCAUGGAUCUCCUCCCAGGAAAGAGUUUCUCCACAAGUCACCCAAUGGGAGAUGAUUUCUUCUCUUUCCAAUUCCACAUGGAUGAGCAAUCAUCCGAUGUUAUGACCAGGGAGUUCUUCAUGGACUGAAUGAGACCCGAGAAAUAGAAAACAACAAAAAAAAACUUUUGAACACGGACUUGAUGACGCAAUGACCCUGAGGUGAUAAUGGCUAAUGUGGUAUAUCUUGAAAUAUAUCUUCUUCACGACUUCUGACUAUCAACGACUGGAACCAUGCUUAUGACAACGAUUUCUUUUUAUAGCAUGGCACGAUAUGAGAGUGGGUGGGUUUUUUCUCUCCUUCAAU